AUAUUCAGGUCCCCCAUUGUCCAUAUCUCUAGCUCCAGCUAUCACUGGACCCUGCAUUCACUAUAUCCGGUCUCCCCGGACCCCGCAUCCACUAUAUCCGGUCUCCCCGGACCCCGCAUCCACUAUAUCCGGUCUCCCUGGACCCCGCAUCCACUAUAUCCGGUCUCCCCGGACCCCGCAUCCACUAUAUCCGGUCUCCCCGGACCCCGCAUUCACUAUAUCAGGUCUCCCCGGACCCUGCACUCACUAUAUCUGGUCUCCCCGGACCCUGCAUUCACUAUAUCUGGUCUCCCGCACCCCGCAUUCACUAUAUCUGGUCUCCCCGGACCCUGCAUUCACAAUAUCUGGUCUCCCCGGACCCUGCAUUCACUAUAUCCGGUCUCCCAGGACCCUAGGGCUCUGUACUAUCAG